UCGCUGCGGAUUGAGCUCUUCCCGCUUUGAGCUCGGGCUGCUCCGAGUACCGUUCGGCGGAUGACAGUUUGUUUUCACGGUGGGCCUGUCUGAGAAGAAGAACGAGCGUUUACGUCCUCAGCUACGGGAACCGAGUCGCUUUUCGUCAAGAUGAGACCGCUCAUUCUCAAAUCCAAAGGAUGUGAAUCCCGGCGAGCCGUCUGUGUACAACAGCUCUAGCCGAGCCGAGGGAACGAGUGCGGUUCAAACAAGCAUGAGGCUGCUGGCCUCCUCGCCACAUCGACUACAGCGAACACGCGUCGUCCCGAUGGAGUUUUAACCCCUGCGGGAGUACAGACUGCUUGGUCCACCGAGGCUGGUGAAGAAACACAGGUAUGUAUGAGCACACGCAGAUGUAAGCGCCCCUCCCUUUGGUUCGACGCCCUCGAAUAGCGAACAAAAUACUAGAGCGAGAGAAAGAGAGCGAGAGACUGAGGGGCCCAUGUGCCAUUGGGCAGCGGGGCUUUCGCCAUGAGCAGUACUCUGGGCAAAGAUAAAGACUCUAAGGAGAGGGAACCCAAAGCUGAAGGGAAAUCCAAAACCAAAGGGAAAGAUGCCAAAGACGGGAAGAAAGACACGAGCGGCGCGUCGCCCGCGGUGGCCUUCACCUUGGACAGCACGAUAAAGCGUCCCAACCCGCCGCCGAGCACGCGCAAAAAAUCCAGCAACGCGGAGGUCGUCAAGGAGCUGAACAAGUGCCGUGAGGAGAACUCGAUGCGGCUGGACCUGUCCAAGAGGUCCAUCCAUCUGUUGCCCUCUUCCAUCAAGGAGCUGACCCAGCUGACCGAGCUCUACCUGUACAGCAACAAGCUGCAAAGCCUGCCGGCCGAGGUGGGAUGCUUGUCGGGACUGGUGACGCUGGCGCUCAGCGAGAACUCCCUCACCAGCCUGCCCGACUCGCUGGACAACCUGAAGAAGUUGCGGAUGCUCGACCUGCGGCACAACAAGCUGCGGGAGAUCCCGGCCGUGGUCUACCGCGUCACCUCCCUCACCACGCUCUACCUGCGCUUUAAUCGGAUCACCACCGUCGAGAAGGACAUCAAGAACCUGUCCAAGCUCACCAUGCUCAGCAUCCGAGAGAACAAGAUUAAACAGCUGCCCGCCGAGAUCGGUGAGCUCUGUAACUUGAUUACGCUGGAUGUAGCCCACAACCAGCUGGAGCACCUUCCUAAAGAGAUCGGCAAUUGCACUCAGAUCACCAACCUUGACCUGCAGCACAAUGAACUUCUUGACCUACCUGAGACUAUAGGUAACCUGUCAAGUAUAAACCGUCUCGGUCUGAGGUACAACCGUCUAUCAGCAAUCCCUCGAUCUUUAUCGAAGUGCCGAGAGCUGGAAGAGCUCAACCUUGAAAACAACAACAUCUCAGUGUUACCAGAGGGUCUUCUGUCCAGUCUGGUGAACCUGACGAGUCUGACGCUGGCGCGAAACUGUUUCCAGUCUUACCCAGUGGGCGGCCCGUCCCAGUUUUCCACCAUCUACUCACUCAACAUGGAGCACAACCGUAUCAACAAGAUCCCUUUCGGCAUCUUCUCCCGAGCCAAAGUGCUCAGCAAGCUCAAUAUGAAGGACAACCAGUUAACGUCUCUUCCACUGGAUUUUGGGACGUGGACCAGUAUGGUGGAGCUGAACUUGGCAACAAACCAGCUUACCAAGAUUCCAGAGGAUAUCUGUGGACUUGUUUCUUUAGAGGUCCUCAUAUUGUCCAACAAUCUCUUAAAGAAGUUGCCUCAUGGGAUUGGGAACUUACGGAAACUGCGAGAACUUGACCUGGAGGAGAACAAACUGGAGUCCCUCCCAAAUGAGAUUGCCUACCUUAAGGAUCUGCAGAAACUUGUGUUGACCAAUAAUCAGCUGACCACUUUGCCGAGAGGAAUCGGUCACCUGACCAACCUGACGUACCUGGGCUUGGGAGAGAACCUGCUGCAGCACCUACCUGAGGAGAUCGGUACACUGGAGAACCUGGAGGACCUGUACCUGAACGACAACCCCAACCUGCACAGUCUGCCGUUCGAGCUGGCGCUCUGCAGCAAGCUGUCCAUCAUGAGCAUAGAGAACUGCCCCCUCAGCCACCUCCCGCCGCAGAUCGUCGCCGGAGGCCCUUCCUUCAUCAUCCAGUUCCUCAAGAUGCAGGGUCCUUACCGCGCCAUGGUCUGAGGCGGCUCACGCACUGUACAAAGAGGAAAGCGAAUCGCCACACGACGUCAUCGUCGUCAUCAAUUAUAUCUAGGAACUGCGUAACUGGGUUGGAGGAAUCAUAGCCAGUUAGGUCCCCUUUACCCUCCCACGUAGAAAACAAUGUCUAGACUUCAGUUGCCAAAAUUAAUGUACAUUAGUGAUUCUCGAAGAGGCGCUCUUAAAAUCGUUUUGCCAAUUUAUUGAAAGUCAUUAUGGGGUGGAAAGUCAUUCGACGCCAGGAAAACAGUUGUAUGCAAAAACAAAACAUUUUUACAAGUUCAUUUUUGCUGCUGCUGCCGCCAUACUGUAUGUGAGUUGGUUUUUGUUUUUGUUUUUUUUAUUUAGCCAGAUUUUUUUCUUAUCCCACAACCAAAAGAUUUUAUUGUACAGAGGACCUGGAAGCAGUGAACAAAUUUUAGUUCUUUUUAUUAUUAUUAUUAUUAUUAAUUGUUAUUAUUCUAGAAUUGUGCCUAUCCAGUGCAGUUGGGUGGUUUGUGUCUGAACAUAAUUAUCCAAGACGUUUUUAAUACAAAAAAAUGACGAAUUUACAAAAGUGUAAUUUAUUUCCGUAAUUCCUUUUCAUUUUGUCGCUCCCUUUUUUAAAAAAAUAUUCAUUCCUCCUCGCUAUCAAGGACGUGUUGCUGCGCUUGUCGUUUCGAAAUGAAUCCGCAUUUUUUUGUUCUGCAAAGCAACGAAUCAAAAAUCGUUUUUCGAUAGCAGCUGCGCCAUGGGUUUAGCACGUCGGGUCUAGUCUCUGUUCGGGACGUUGGGUUUGUGAUUGUUUACUUGUUUGCCAUAUCCACAGUGUUGCGCUCUGCUUGUGUCUUAUUGGUGAGAGUCGCAUCUACAUAUCAGGUGCUGAACAGUGCUAGCAGUUAAAGGCCCAAGUUUACUGUGAGGAAUGCCAAACGCCCAUUUAACACCACUUCUGUUCCUUUUUUAUUUUGCAUUUGAAGGAUUUCCUGGUCGGUGUCAUCGGACCGGUUAUAAAGCCAAUUACUUCUGCUCUUCAACAACGGUUGCACCACAUCCCGCCCCUCUUAUGCUGCUGCUUUUAUGCACUUUGUAUUGAUAUUUGGCAUCCUCCUCAAGUAAAAGGGUCGCGAUUAUUUCAUGUUACCGAUUUAAACGUAUGGAAGGGGGCAUUUAUUAUUAUUAUUAUUAUUAUUAUUUCUGAAGUAUUUUAUCUUUUAUUUGAAUUCUCUAUCAUGUAUAUUUUAUAACAGUGACUGAAAAAAUUUGCCUCAGCAAAUUCGAACGAUAACAUUCUAUUAAGAACUUUUUUUUCAAGCCUUUGAUGCUUUCUCUCUUUAUUAAAUGUUUUGAUUUGAACUUCUGACUAGUUUGUGUUUCUAUAUAUUUAAAACGUCAUAUCAAAUGGUGCAGAUCAUCAAAGUAUUGCGAUUAAUACCCAAAUGUUUCCAUUACAUACAAACAGUUGUUUCGUUCAAGUUGGAUUUCUUUCGGUUUAGUAUUAUCUCAAGUGACUGUAAAUUUCCACGUCCGCUUUGAGUUUAGUUUAUCAAGCCAAAUGUAUUUCGUUUGUGUUGCGUCCACGCUCUCCUUUUUUUUUUUUUUUCUCUCUUACGUUUCCUCUCGCUUUCCUUUGAUUCGUUCGGACAUUGUACAUCGGCAGCAGUGUAACGGCUUCGGAGAGGCACUUCGCGUUCAUGGGGCCAUGAAAAAGGACACAAAUCGCUGCUUUUUUAUCAACCAGCAGAACCUGUUGCUGCUUAUGGACCUCUAGAAACGUAAUGCUGUAAACGGACCGGCCUUGCGCGAGACGUUACGGACUGGCUUCCCGGGCCGGUUCGACCAGCACAGACGUUCUGCUACAGAUGAAAUCCCUCUGGACCUGCUCGGCGCAUAUCUCGCGCCUGACGCAGACGCUGAAUAAAAACAAAACACGACAAAAAUACAAACAUUGUAAAAAGGGCUUUCUCUGUUCAUGCUUAACUAUACACCAGAGGCAUUGCAUUCCUGGUUUUGUAUAAAAGCUUAGAACUGUACAUUUGAGUUUUCUUUUUUGUGUGUGCGUGCGUGUGUGCGUGCGUGCGUGCGUGUAAGCGUGUGAGUGAGGGAAUAGUUAGAUGUUAACAAAAUGGAAUUAUUAUGUGACAAUAAAUGCCUUUGAGUACUUCAAGUGAGACGUGCAUUAGGGACGCGGCCUUGCGACGCGUCCCAUUUAAGUUUAAUAUUUUGUUUUUCAGCAUUUAUGUGCCAUUUAUGCAGGGGAGUGGGGCUGGUUUUUACGUACGUAGGUUAACAGAUCAGUAUGUUUUGGAUGAGAAUGCAUCGCAAAUCAGGAAUGUAGUCAAAAAGACAAUAAAAACAUAAUAAUUGUACUUUUCAGUUGUGAAUACUGACAGCGCAGUUAUAAUCAGCCGGGGUGGCAAUUUUAAUUUUGAUCUUGUAUUGUUCUGGUGAAUCCUUAUGAUUGGAGCUUAAGGGUAUGGUUUAUUUUUUUAUAUUGUCUGUGCAUUAGGUCAGAAAUUGUAUAAAUGAAGUUCAUUUUCCAUGUUUUAAUUUGUUUUAAACAUAGGAAUGUUCUGUUUCCUGUUUUAUUUUAUUUUUUCUUGCCUUGCUAUGUAUAGGAAACAAGCAUGUUAAUUUUCGUUCUUUUUCUUUUUUUUUUUUUUUUUUUUUUUUUUUAAAGAUUCAUAAUUGUCUGGUUGGGCGGACAGGGAUGUAAAAAAGUACACAUGAUAAAAAAUGUUGCUCUUU